GACGUACACUCUCUUGGGAAAAGCCAGACGCCUUUUCGGUUGUAAAGCCCCCCCAGACUUCUCAGUCACCUCUCUCAAUCUCAUCCAUCAUGAAGCUGUCUUCCAUGUUGAUGGCCGCCGGUGCCAUCGGCCAGGCCGCCGCCCUUCCUGCCAACCAGGCUCGCCAGGGCUGCACGAGCCCCGCGAAGAGGAUUGAGUGGCGGCAGCUCUCGGCCGCCGACCAGCAGAGCUACAUCAAAGCUGUGCUGUGCCUCAAGACGAAGCCUUCGCGCAUGGGCCUCAGCACGCCUCUGUACGAUGACUUUCCCCAUCUGCACUUCAAGCUCAACGAGUACAUCCACGGAGGCCCUCCCUUUCUGCCGUGGCACCGGUACUUCGGCGUCGUCUACGAAAACGCGCUGCGCGAGUGCGGCUACGAAGGCCCCGGCACCUACUGGGACUGGACUCUUGACACGGCAGGGCUUCGCCUUUCCCCGGUCAUGUCGGCCGAGACCGGCUUCGGCGGCAACGGAAGCCCCAACAAAACCGAGACCUCCCCCGGAGAUGGCCGGACGCUGCAGUGCGUCGACUCGGGCCCGUUCGCUGCUCUCCGGCCCGAGUACCUCGCUAUCGACCCCAAGACCAUGGUGAACUUCAACCACUGCCUCUUCCGCAACCUGCCCGAGGUGUCAGAGCCCGCGGCCUUCGAGACCAUGGCGGCUAUCUUCGGCCCGGACGGCAUCGCCGAGGUGCAGGCGACCGGCAACUGGUCCGACUACCACUGGGCGCUCGAGGCAGGCCCUCACGGCACCAUCCACGCCUGUCUCGGAGGAGAGAUGAACCCAACCACCUCUCCCAACGAACCCCUAUUCUUUCUGCACCACGCGCAGGUUGAUCGUCUCUGGUGGCUCUGGCAGCAGCAGGACCCCGCCCGGCUGUCCGAGUACAACGGCGAGGCGUCGCACUUUGGCGAGCCCGGCUCCCGGGAGGUCAGCCUCGACGACAAGCUGCUGAUGGGCGGCAUUGAGGACGACGUCACGGUCCGGGACGUUAUCGACACCCAGGGCGGCAGACUGUGCUACACAUACUGAGUAGUACGAGUAGUAGUACUAAGUAGUACUAACUAUGGGGCAAUAUGUGUCAUUGGAGCUGGAGGAGCUGACCUUCGAGGCGGAUAACGUUAGAUGUAGAAAAUCGAAGUCAUUUGACUCGGAACACCUAUCCCAACACAACAUUGACCUGGACUCGGCCGCACCGGAGGUAGAUCGUAAGAUUCGUAACCCGACCCUGCCUUAUGAUCCUCAACAAAGGCCACUGCCGAAGAACAACCCUGAGCUGAACGUCCAUGAAUCGAAUGUAUAUGCUAGUUAGCGUGCCAAGGCGUUUUAGGCUUCGUGUCCCCAGCUGAGAAGCUCGGCAUUAACGGUGUGGGGAUGUGGGGAUGGGCGCCAGGGCUGAACCGUGACAGACUUUUCAUGAAUCAGCAGUUUCCA